AUGGCGUCUGUGGGGACCCUCGCCUUCGACGAGUAUGGGCGCCCGUUUCUCAUCAUCAAGGACCAGGACCGCAAGUCCCGACUCAUGGGACUGGAGGCCCUGAAGUCACACAUAAUGGCAGCAAAGGCUGUGGCCAACACGAUGAGAACAUCGCUUGGACCAAACGGGCUUGACAAGAUGAUGGUAGACAAAGAUGGUGACGUGACAGUCACUAACGAUGGGGCCACCAUUCUGACCAUGAUGGAUGUCGACCACCAGAUUGCCAAGCUGAUGGUGGAGCUCUCCAAGUCACAGGAUGACGAGAUUGGAGACGGAACCACAGGAGUGGUCGUGCUGGCCGGGGCCCUGCUGGAGGAGGCGGAGCAGCUGCUGGACCGGGGCAUCCACCCCAUGAGGAUCGCCGACGGCUACGAGCAGGCCGCCCGCAUUGCCAUUGAGCACCUGGACCAGAUCAGCGACAGCGUCCUUGUGGACGUGGCAAACACAGAACCCCUCAUCCAGACGGCCAAGACCACGCUGGGCUCCAAAGUGGUGAACAGCUGCCACCGGCAGAUGGCUGAGAUCGCAGUGGAUGCCAUCCUCACGGUCGCCGACAUGCAGCGCAGAGACGUGGACUUCGAGCUCAUCAAGGUGGAGGGCAAGGUGGGCGGACGGCUGGAGGACACGAAGCUCAUCAAAGGUGUUAUCGUGGACAAGGACUUCAGUCACCCCCAGAUGCCGAAGAAAGUGGAAAACGCCAGGAUCGCCAUUCUCACGUGUCCGUUCGAGCCGCCCAAGCCAAAGACGAAGCACAAGUUGGACGUGACCUCGGUGGAGGACUACAAAGCCCUCCAGAAGUAUGAGAAGGAGAAGUUUGAGGAGAUGAUCCAACAGAUUAAGGAAACCGGAGCUAACCUAGCGAUCUGCCAGUGGGGCUUUGAUGAUGAGGCCAACCAUUUACUGCUGCAGAAUAACCUGCCUGCGGUGCGCUGGGUCGGAGGGCCGGAAAUCGAGCUGAUCGCCAUUGCCACCGGGGGACGCAUCGUCCCACGGUUCUCGGAGCUCACCCCUGAGAAGCUGGGCUUUGCUGGGCUCGUGAAGGAGACCUCGUUUGGGACGACCAAGGACAAGAUGCUGGUCAUCGAGCAGUGCCGGAACUCCAGGGCUGUGACCAUCUUCAUCCGUGGAGGCAACAAGAUGAUCAUUGAGGAGGCCAAGCGGUCCCUCCAUGACGCCUUAUGUGUCAUCCGGAACCUGAUCCGUGACAACCGGGUCGUGUAUGGAGGCGGAGCCGCCGAGAUCUCCUGCGCCCUGGCCGUCAGCCAGGCGGCGGACAAGUGCCCGACCCUGGAGCAGUACGCGAUGCGGGCGUUCGCCGACGCGCUGGAGGCCAUCCCCAUGGCCCUUUCUGAGAACAGUGGCAUGAACCCCAUCCAGACGAUGACCGAGGUCCGCGCCCGGCAGGUGAAGGAGAUGAACCCAGCCCUUGGCAUCGACUGUCUGCACAAGGGCACCAACGAUAUGAAGCAGCAGCACGUCAUAGAGACCCUGAUCGGUAAGAAGCAGCAGCUCUCGCUCGCCACCCAGAUGGUGCGCAUGAUCCUGAAGAUCGACGACAUCCGCAAGCCCGGGGAGUCCGAGGAGUGA